UGUGUGUGUGAUUGAAGGACAGGGGGACACAAGCAGCGCAAACUCCGCUGGUGGUGUGGCCGCGCUGACGUGCGGCUCUGCGCACAAUCGGCGUGAGGUUGUGCGUGAUGCGAGAGUGUUGUGGCACAGCGCAGUCCGUCUACAACCCUCCCCCCGGCACAACUGCACACAGCAUGACCUCGCAAAGGUGAACGUGGACGACUCGCUCGGAUCCCUCCUCGCUUGCAGACACAGCCGCACCGGGGGACGCCGAGCUGCAUUGGCCGCCAGGCAGGACUAAUCACAAGAACAAGUAUGUAAGAAAGAAGAUGUCAGCAGUACAAAACAGAAAGGAAGACAAACAGCCGCAUAGAACCAACCUCUACUUUGAUAUUCCAUCGACACCAUGGCCUAUCGUUUAUUCUCCUGAUUAUAAUAUCACAUUCUUGGGAUUGGAAAAACUUCAUCCUUUCGAUUCGGGAAAAUGGGGGAAAAUUGUCAACUUUCUAAAAGAAGAGUUGAUGAUAAAUGAUGAAACCAUCGUCAGAGCCCGUGAAGCACAGGAGGAGGAUCUAUUAGUUGUACAUUCAAAGCGGUACCUCAAUAAACUUAAGUGGUCAUUCAUAGUUGCCACUAUUACUGAGAUAAUGCCUGUGGCUUUCCUGCCUAAUUUUAUCAUCCAACGAAAAGUACUAAGACCAUUCAGGACACAGACGGGUGGAACAAUAAUGGCUGGGAAGCUUGCUAUUGAACGAGGAUGGGCAAUCAAUCUUGGUGGAGGCUUCCAUCAUUGCUCAAGUGACCAAGGAGGGGGGUUUUGUGCUUAUGCUGACAUAACAUUGGCAAUUAAGUUUUUGUUUGAGAGAGUGGAAGGCGUCUCGAAGGCAAUGAUCAUUGAUUUAGAUGCACACCAGGGAAAUGGACAUGAGAGAGAUUUUAUGGAUGACAACAGAGUCUAUAUUUUGGAUGCUUUUAAUAGAUACAUCUACCCAGGGGAUGGAUAUGCCAAGCGAGCCAUCAAGUGGAAAAUUGAACUAGAAUGGGACACAGAGGAUUCAGAGUAUCUGGCGAAAGUGGAAGCACAUGUGGCAAAAGCAUUGCAUGAAGUCACUCCAGACAUCAUUGUAUACAAUGCAGGCACAGACAUCUUAGAUGGUGAUCAAUUGGGAGGUUUGGCUGUCUCUCCUCAGGGAAUUAUUAAAAGAGAUGAAUCAAUUUUUAAGGCAGCCCGCAUUCAUAAGAUACCCAUCCUGAUGGUGACAUCUGGAGGUUACCAAAGGUCUACAGCUCGGAUCAUAGCUGAUUCUAUUCUGAACUUGCACCAUUUGCAUCUCAUUGACCAGAGACUGAUUUAGAAGAAUUGGAUGAGUGUUACCUUGGCAUUUUUGUAAUAUGGAAGCCUUUAUCAGCUACAAUACCGCCACUGUUAAUGCAAAAAAAUAACUUUAGUUUUAAAAAGAAAACGCAUUUUAAAUAAUAAAGUCGCAAAGUUCUAUAGUCUGUCUUGAAAAGAGUUACAAAUAUUGAUGAGAUAAAAGUACAACUAGGUUUACAGUAUUAUUACAUUCUUAAAGGGACAUUCCUCCCUGGUGCAAUAAGGACGUGCAAUUUUUGUUUAAAAAAAAGUACAGAAAUGUACUUGGCUCUGUGAAGGAUUUAGAUAAAUAACUUUUUUCACACAAAAAAUAUUUAGCUCAGCUUCUUGAGUGUUUCUAUCUCACGCUGAUAUAAACCAUAUUUUUAUCAUGGUUUAAAACACUGUUCUGUGUCAAUGGGAUAUGUAUAUAUAGAUCCAAACCUUACUUCAUGGUAGUCAAAGUGGAGGAUAGAGUGGAGCAAGGAGGGGACCAGACCAAGAUAUUUUUUCUUACAGAUGUAAUAGAAUGUAUGGAUAUGAAUAUUUAACUACAAAAAUAUCCUUGCAAAUUGUAUCAAAUUACUAUUCAAGACUGAAAGUCUAUUUUAUUGCCCAGCAAACUAUUUGUAAAGGAAUGUGCCUUUAAAUAUAAGAUAACUAGCUUCCUAUUCUCAAUAUCAGGCUGAAAAAGUUCCUGUGUUUUGACAUAGGGGAUUGUUAUUCUAAUGUGUGAUUUUCUGAUGUGCUCGACAGAAAAUAAUUUUGUGCUGUAAAUUAUAAUUAAAUAACUGAGUUCAGUAAUCACACGUAGGAGGUGUUGCACUUUGGAAAGACGAAUGUAAUGGGAAAGUAUAUAAUUAAUGGCAAAUCCUUAAUAACAUUGAUGUUCCAAGGGUUUGUGGGGCCCGACUGUACAGUUCCCUGAACGUAGUAACACACAGAUAGAUUGGGAAGAAGGUGUAUGGUAUGUUUGCCUUCAGUGGUUGGUGCAUUAACUAUAGGAAGUCGUGUUGCAGCUUUAUAGGACUUUGGUUAGGCCGCAUGUGGUGUAUUGUGUGCAGUUCUGGUUAUCCCAUUACAGGAAGGACAUUAAAUCUUUGGAGAGGGAGCAGAAAGGGUUUACCAGAGUACUGCCUGAGUUAGAUUAGGGUAUUAGCUAUAAGGAGAGGUUGGACAGACAUCAAUUGCUUUCUCUGGAGCUCGAGAGGCUGAGAAGUGGAUUAAAUAAUGAGAAACAUAGAUAGGGUAGACAGUCAGAACCUUUUUUCCAGGAUGGAAAUGUCAAAGCCUAGAGGAAAUAGCAUUAAGUUGAGAGGAUAAAAUUUAAAGGUGAUGAGCGGGGCAUGUUUUGUUUUACACAGAGAGUGGUGGGUGCCUGGAACAUGCUCCAGGGGUGGUGGUGUGAAGGUAAAUGUGAUGGUAACAUUUAAGAGCGUUUUUGAUAGGCACAUGCAUAUGCAGCGAAGGACUACUGCCGGAGAUUAGUUUAACGGCGUUCUGUUCAGUGCGGACAUAGUGAGCUAAGAGCCUGUUCCUGUGCUGUACUGUUCUAUAUUCUAACGUUAGAAUUAUUGUGGUCUGUCAUAUUUAAGCAAUUUUAAUCUCUGUGAGCAUGACUGUGAUUUAGUUGUCCAGUCAUAUCUGGAACUAAAGAUAUAUCAAAUUCUGCUGUUGCAAUAAAUGCAUUUUAUCAUUAAUUGAUUUCAAACCCGAGGAAUAUAUGCAGCUGGUUUCACUGAAAUCUAAUUUUGCUGAGGUGAUAAGUAGCUGUAGGCAAAACAAUGGAAAGUAAUUUGUGGCAGUUUUUUAAUGUAGCCAAUUUGCUGCUGGACAUUGCUGUCCAACAGAGAAAAAUCUUAACUUUCACGUUUUUAGAAAAUUGCUUUGAAAGGUGUUCUCAUCAGAGUGCACGUUGAAAUCUGAACACAUUCCCAACUACCAGAACAAAGUUUUGUGGAGAUGCUUUUGAGAUGAUCCACAUGAUAUUGUCAUGAAAGGAAAGUCUAGCAAGACAGAAUAUGAUGGUUCCCAAAACUGGCACAGGGUCUAUGAUGUGGAAGUAAUACGUCAUUUAACAAUGGCAGAAACAUUACUCUAUGAAGCUUAAAUUGCAUUUCUUGUUUAUCGACACAAAAAUGUUAUAAGCUGAAAAAAAAUGGGCUCUUUGAAGCUGUGUUCAAGACUGCAGUGUUAAAUCACUGUUAAACUCACGGAAAGCUUUUAGACCACUGUCAGGGAGUUCACAAAUGUAUUGGUCAUCAAUAUUAAGGUGGUUAAGAAAGCGUAUGGUAAGCUUGCCUUUGUUGCUAGGGCCAUUGAAUAUAGGAGUCAGGAAGUCAAGGUGCAGCUCUAUAGGACUUUGGUUUGGCUGCAUUUGGAGUGUUGCGUGCAGUUCUGGUCGUCUAAUUACAGGGCAGAAGUGGAGGCUUUGGGCAGAUGUGGAGGCUUUGGACAGAUGUAGAGGCUUCCGAGAGGGUGCAGAGGAGAUUUACCAGUGCUGCCUGAAUUAGAGGAUUUUAGCUGCAGGGAGAGGUUGGUUGGAUUGUUUUCUCUGAAAUCUCAGAGGUUGAGGGGUGGCAAUAGAAGCUUAUCCAAUUAUAGGAGGGGAGACUGUCAGAACCUUUUUCCCCCAAAGUGGACAUGUCCAACACAGGAGGGCAGAGCUGUAAGGUGUGAGGGGUGGAGGAGUUAAUGGAGAUGGGCGGGGCAGAUUUUGUUCUACUUGGAGAGUGGUGAGGGCCUGGGACAGAUUGCCAGGGGUGGUGGUGCAGACAGAUGUGAUUGUGGUGUUUAAGAGGCUUUUAGAUCGGCACGUGGAAGUGCAGGGAAUAAGGGACAUGGAUCAUGUACAGGCAGAUGUGAUCAGUUUAACUUGGCAUCAUGUUCGACACAAACAUUGUUGGCCAAAGGGCCCGUUUCUGUGCUGUGUUGUUCUAUGUAACGCAUAGAAUGUACUUGCGAUUUGAAGAAUGAUGUACUCUAAGUGAAACCUGGAGCCUUUUAAGAGUCGAUUAGAAUGUAUGAGGUAAAGGGACACAUAAUUAAAAUGAUUAAUUUGCACA